AUGAUCUUGGUUGGAAGACAUGAGAAUAGUGAAAUAAACGUCAGCUUCAAAUUUUAUUUUUCAGAAACUAUAACUCACCUUCCAGAAGUCAAAGAUGGCAAGUGUUUCUUUCCAUUCCACUAUAGAGAUGGAAUUUUCUAUGACUGUGUCAAGUUCAAUGCAAAACACAAGUGGUGCUCCUUGAAUGAAACUUAUGAAGGAUAUUGGAAGUAUUGUUCUGAAGAAGACUUUGCAAAAUGUGUGUUUCCCUUCUGGUACAGACACCUGAUAUACUGGGAAUGUACCGAUGAUGGGGAUUCAUUUGGGAAAACAUGGUGUUCACUGACCCAGAAUUAUAACAAGGACAAGAUUUGGAAAUAUUGCGAUUGA